UACUCCAAGACUUAUUGAAAAUCAGCAUUAAUGGUCUAGUGAGCUCCUCAGCCAGCUCUUUUAAAACUCUUGGACCUGUUAUCUGUUAUCUGGACCUGCUGAUUUAAAAAUGUCUAACUUUAGAAGCUUUUGCUUAAAAUCCUCCAAACAUACUAUUGCAAUGGAAGGUAAGUUAUCACCAUAUGAUGAGACUAUCAUCUGGUUUUCCGUCAAACACAGAACAGAAAUAUUUAUUGAACAUUUCUGUCUAAUAAUGGAUUGAUACCAUUGUCAGGAUUCUUUUUGUUCCUUAUAUAUUUUGUUAAAAAUCCUUAUUGUCCUUAAUUCUGCUGGUCAUAUAUUUCUUCAUGUGUCCCUCUGUUUCCCUUAUCAAUUUUCUACAAUACCGUACAUACACAUAUUUAUACCUGCCUUCACUUUCCCUGUAAACCAGGCUGUCUUUUUACCCAGCCCUGCCUUCUUCCUCAAUUGUUGGAUUGUGCCUUUAGGGGCAUCUAUUACAUGUUGUUGUUCUUAAAUGAUUCCCAAUUAUCAUUCACAUUUUCUGACUAAAUUCUCUCUUCCAGCUGACUUGGCUCGUAAUUGUUUUCAGCUUUGUGAAAUCUGCCCUUUUAAAGCACAAAGCAUAUAUAUUACAGGUGUGGACUUUAUUCUGCUUGCACAGUAUAAAUGUGACCAAGUUGUGAUCACUUGUACUUAAGCUACCGUUAAUUAAUUAGUUCCUCUAUUUGUUAGGACAAGAUCUAAUAAAGAAUUCCUCCAUGUUGACUGCAACACUUUUUGAUAGGAAAUUAUAGAUAAUAUUUAGAAAUUUCAAGUUUGUUUUAAUACUGCCAGCAUGAGAUCUCCAGCACAUUUCACUCAAAUUUAAGUUCCCCAUGAUCCGUUUUUUCCCUACACAUCCUAGGAAGAUACAUAAGGGGAUGGCCAUCCUGUUCUUUGGAAUUGGGUGGUCUGUAGCAGACGCCAACUAAUACCCAAUGUUGUGCUUUAUCUGUUAGGACACUGAGCCAUAAACAUUCAAGAUAAUUUUCUUCUGAGUUAUCAGAAACAGACUAUGCCAAAAAUUGCACUGAGUGCCACUCUCUCUCUCCUUUUGCCCACUUGAUCCUUCCUAAAUAGGUUACAACAUUGAUUUUAACAUUCCAAUCACACAAAUGCAAAUCAUAAAUGACCAAUUCCAAAUGUAUCAUUUGUUACCCAGGCUUCUAGGCAAUUGUAUAGGCAAUUUAAGAAUUUCCUCUCCCCAUGUCCUUAGCUUCCUUGAUUAAUGUUGUUUUUCAACAUCUCGAUUUCGUGCUGAGUGCUCCUAUCUUCCUUCUUUUUACCCUCCCCUUUUGCUAUUAGUUUAAACCCCGCUUGAGGAGAUUGGUACCCCUUCUGCCGAGGCAAAGGCCAUCCAAACUAUACAUUGCCCUCUCCCCAGAAAAGGUGGACCAAUGUUCCACUAAACUAAAAUCCUCUACUCCAUGCUACUUACUUAGCCUGCAAUUCACUUCCAGAAUCUUCUGCUUUUUGUUUUCCUUUGCCCGUGAGACAGGAACAAUCUCAGAGAAAAUUGCUUGGAUGUUCUUCUUCCUUUUCAGCACGGGAGGUCUGUCUCUGCACCUUGCACAGCACUGACUGCUGCUGUCCUUGCUGCCUCUGCUCCAGCCUCUCUGCUCACCUCUCCUCUCCAAUUCGCACCUAUGGAAUCUGUGGUGAAGUCUGCUUUCAGGGCUCCAGUGAAACAGCUGCAGUGCUGCAUCUCUGCUGACUUCCCCGAGGAUAAGGACUGCCAAGUGUUGGGAGGAUGCGUAAAGAGUCCAGCAGAACAGAACCAGAGGAUCCAGGACAAGAAGAGCAAACGGGACAUGGUCUAUGCUCAGAGAAAGGCUGAGCGUGCAGCCAUCAGAACCCAUAUCAGAGAGAAGUACCAGCUUCCCAAGAACGAGGCGGAUAAGAAGCAGCUGGAGGCCAUUGGGGGGAAGGUGAAAAUGCUGCAGGCCCAUGUGGCUGUGGUGAGGCCUCAGGGCACCCCUGACUUUGACUCAUGCACCUCUGGCCUCAGUGCUAUGGAUCUCAGCUCCCUGAAAAAAACAACAGAGAGCACGAUGCAGUCCCUGCAGCUGGGGCUGCGCUGUCCUAUCAUGUGAACAAACCAGCAGCUGGGGGCACAGUAGCCCAGUUUCUCUGCUCAAUCCAGACUCUGCUGUGCUCCCUGCCCCUGUGGCUGUUAAGAAUUGCUGUUCUCACCCUCUUGGGAUAACCAUAGGUUGGUGGAGUUCAGGUGGGAGUUGGGUUGCUCCUCUGCUGCAACACUUGCUUCUGUUCCAUGAACCAUCUCUUCCCUACAGUAUGUUUUUGGAAUCAGUAGUGUGGAAGUGGGAUCACCCUGGAAGUUGCAGGGUAAAGCCCUGAACUUCUCACUGCUUUGGCUUCUCUGAAAGAAGGAUUCAGGAGCUUGUGCCAACCAGGGUGAUACGGCACUUUGUGUUUGCACACACUUGUGAGCAGGGAUUCUUGGGGAGUAUUCAAGUCACGUGCACCAGGGCCUGAACAUUUUAUAGCCCCUCUGUAAUUGUGUAGGAUUUCAGCCUGCAGGCG